CUUGUCUGUUUCCAGGAAGCCCCCGCAUCAACACACACACACACACAUAUAGAUCCUGCCAUGUAGGUUUAGUGGCGUUUAGUUAGGUUACCUGUGGCGGUGUGUGAUCGAGGAAGUGUAGAUGUUUGCAGAUUUCAGGUGUGUUUUUGCGUCAGUAGUAAGAAUACUAUACUUUCACAGGACGCUUCGUUCCGAUCUCUUGCGCCAAUAGUCUGUAGAAGUCUCGAGGAAGGGCGGGAAGUGAUGCAAUAUUGCAGAAGUUAACCAUGGCUCCACAUCCUGUCACUCAAGCCGUCAUUGAUCUGUCAGCUGGAGCAUGUGGUGGGAUUGCGUGUGUGUUUAGUGGGCAGCCCUUCGAUACAGCCAAGGUGAAGAUGCAGACUUUCCCCGGCUUGUACAGAAGCUUUGUCCACUGCUUCGUCUCUGUUUACAGACAGGUUGGAGUGCGAGGCCUCUAUCAAGGGACCACACCUGCCCUCAUAGCCAACAUCGCUGAAAACGCUGUGCUCUUCAUGAGCUACGGCUUCUGCCAGAAUGUCGUGCGCUUUGUUUCAGGACUGGACCAAGGCACAGAACUCAGUGAUAUUCAGAAGGCCUGUUCCGGCUCUGUCGCCUCUGUCUUCUCCUCUCUAGCUUUAUGCCCCACUGAACUGGUUAAAUGUCGACUGCAGGCCAUGCAUGAAAUGGAGGCGUCCGGCAAGAUUGCCAGUGGACAGAAAAGCACAGUGUGGUCCGUUGUGAGAAAUGUGCUGCGGACAAACGGUCCUCUGGGCUUCUAUCAGGGUCUGACCACCACUAUCGUCCGUGAGGUACCUGGAUACUUCUGUUUCUUCGGAGGAUAUGAACUCAGCCGCUCCGUGUUUGCCAACCACAUGGGCAGAGACAAAGAGCACAUAGGUGUGGUGCCGUUGAUGUUCAGCGGUGGUUUCGGCGGAGCCUGUCUGUGGUUGGUCGUGUACCCCAUUGACUGUGUGAAGUCUCGCAUACAGGUUCUGUCUUUAGCAGGGAAGCAGGAAGGCUUCCUCAAGACUCUUAUGGGGAUUUUACGAAAUGAGGGAGUGGCACCUCUGUAUUCUGGUUUGACCCCGACUAUGAUCCGAACUUUUCCUGCCAACGGAGCGCUGUUUUUGGCCUAUGAAGUCAGUCGCAAGAUCAUGAUGCAAAAGUUUGAUCCCUGAGCUUAUCUCUCAGUCUCUGGGGUUUUUACUGAAAUGUUUUAAUCCCAUCUAGUGUUUUAAGUUGCAUGGAGCACAUGCCUCUCGAAUUGUUGUUCAUUUAUGCACAUCUUGAAUAUUUUAUGUGUGAGAAAGAAUAUUAAAUUAAUUAAAAAAACUGAAAAUCAA